AUGGAAACAAUUGUGGUGACGAGGUGGGAUAAGAUGACCAUACCUCUUCAUUGUUUGGGUUUCACUCUUACACCACGCUUUUAUGAUGAAAUAUAUCUUGAGACUCUGGCUCCCAGGGAUUAUACUAGAAAGGCUCCUAAUCUUGACAAAGAAGUUGUAUUGGGUUGCAUGGAAGCUUUUGGGAGAAUAGCCGAAGAUGCUGACGAAGAGAAGAAGUUACUAGAUGAGUUUGCUGAAUUUCAGUUAAAAAAGAGGAUAUAUUAUAUGCCUCAUGCUCAGAUUGAGGCUGUCACAAUGGAUGCCAUUGAUUGGUGGUGUGUUUAUGGGUCUCAAACACCUAAUAUGGCAGAGGUGCCUCAAGUCGAAAUGUCGAUCGAUAAACAAGUUGAUGCAAAACAAGUAUUGAGAAAUCUCUAUAACUUUUUUCUCAGAUGCAUUUUAUAUGUUCUAGCAGUUGGUCCUCUCCCAAUUCACAUUGCAUUUAUCAUGGAUGGAAAUAGAAGGUAUGCCAAAAAGAAUAACAUUGAAUAUAAAAAUGGUUAUAGGCCAGGUUUUAUAGCUCUUACGUCAAUUAUAAAGCAGUGUUAUGAGCUUGGUGUAAGGUACAUCACUAUAUAUGGCUUUAGUAUCGACAAUUUUCGAAGAAAACCCGAAGAAGUUAAGAGAUUGAUGAAACUACUGCGAGAGAAAAUAGAAGCAUUUGUUGAGGAUGAUAUUUUUAUCAAAAGGUAUGGUGUUAGGAUAUACUUUGUAGGGAACUUGGCAUUGUUAAGUGAAGAACUUCAAGUUGCUGCAACCAAGGCCAUGGAGAUAACAGCUAAGAAUACAACAACGCAUCUGUUAGUAUGUAUCGCGUAUACAUCAACAGACGAGAUUGCUCAUGCUGUUGAAGAGUGUUACCUAAGUUGUGGUAAGAACGGGGAUGUUGAUUUACCAGAUAUAGAGAAGAAAAUAUACAUGUCAAUAGCACCGGAGCCGGACAUUUUAAUCCGAACUUCAGGCGAGACAAGACUUAGCAAUUUUCUUCUUUGGCAAACUGAAAGGUGCCUCUUGUAUUCUCCUGCUGCGCUGUGGCCAGAACUUAGCUUAUGGCAUUUGGUGUGGGCAAUGCUGAACUUUCAAAAGCACUAUUAUUAUUUGCACAAAAAACGGAAGUCAUCAUCAUAAUGCUCAU